GCGACGACGGCGGCGGCGGCUGCGGAGGCCACUGAGGUGCUGACUGGGUGGCUGCCGGCUGUUUUAGUCUCGAGUAGCUUCGGUACGGCCACUCAUAUCUCCCGUAGCCGCGAGCUACCGGGCUCGGCCUGCCUGUGAGCUGACGCGGGUGCCCUCGGGAGCGGCGACCGCGGAUAGGUUAAGAGUGGGGGCAGGGGCAGGCGCGCGAACAGCCCAAAGCCAGAGAGGGAGCUCAAACCCGGCUGUCUUGAACCAUGUCCGACGAGGCGUCGGCCACUACUUCCUAUGAGAAGUUUCUCACCCCCGAGGAACCCUUCCCGCUCCUGGGACCCCCUCGUGGCGUGGGCGCCUGCUCCAGCGAGGAGCCAGGUUGUCUGGACAUCAGCGACUUCGGGUGCCAGCUGUCCUCCUGCCACCGCACCGAUCCGCUCCAUCGCUUCCACACCAACAGGUGGAACCUAACUUCUUGUGGAACAAGCGUUGCCAGCUCAGAAUGCAGUGAGGAGCUGUUUUCAUCUGUUUCUGUCGGAGAUCAAGAUGAUUGCUACUCCCUGUUAGAUGAUCAAGACUUUACCUCUUUUGAUUUAUUUCCUGAAGGGAGUGUCUGCAGUGAUGUCUCUUCUUCUAUUAGCACCUACUGGGAUUGGUCUGAUAGUGAGUUUGAAUGGCAGUUGCCAGGCAGUGACAUCACCAGUGGGAGUGAUGUACUUUCUGACGUCAUACCCAGUAUUCCAAGUUCACCUUGCCUGCUUCCUAAGAAGAAAAACAAGCACAGGAAUUUAGAUGAACUUCCUUGGAGUGCAAUGACAAAUGAUGAGCAGGUGGAAUAUAUUGAGUAUUUGAGUCGGAAAGUCAGUACUGAGAUGGGCCUCCGAGAGCAACUUGAUAUUAUUAAAAUCAUUGAUCCUUCUGCUCAAAUUUCACCUACAGACAGUGAGUUUAUUAUUGAACUUAACUGUCUCACAGAUGAAAAACUGAAGCAGGUCAGAAACUAUAUCAAGGAGCAUAGUCCUCGUCAACGGCCUGCAAGAGAGGCCUGGAAGAGAAGCAACUUUAGUUGUGCAAGCACCAGUGGAGUAAGCGGUGCCAGUGCCAGUGCCAGCAGCAGCAGUGCCAGCAUGGUCAGUUCUGCAAGCAGCAGUGGGUCCAGUGUUGGAAACUCUGCUUCAAACUCCAGUGCCAACAUGAGUCGAGCACACAGUGACAGCAACCUGUCUGCAAGUGCAGCAGAGCGGAUUCGGGAUUCAAAAAAGAGAUCCAAGCAGCGGAAGUUACAGCAGAAGGCCUUCCGCAAAAGGCAACUGAAGGAGCAGAGGCAGGCCCGGAAGGAGAGGCUCAGUGGGCUUUUCCUUAAUGAAGAAGUGCUGUCCUUGAAAGUGACAGAGGAAGACCAUGAAGCAGAUGUUGACGUUCUGAUGUAAUAAGAAUGAUUCUAUGAGCAUUCUUUCCAAGCAUUAUUCUAUCUUUAUUAGUUUACAUGCAUCUUGGCCAAAAUUUUGGUUAGGGUUUUGCUGGUGUACCUUUAACAGUUUAAACCAGUGGUUCUAAGAGAGUGGUCCCAGGACCUGCAGCUUCAGCAUCACUCAACAACUUGUUAGAAAUGCAUGCUAUUGGUUCUACUUCAGACCAAUCAAACCACAAGAGUGGCAGCAUAAUUGUGUUUUGUUUUAACCAGUGUCAGAUUAUUCUGGUACACAUUUUGGUUUAAGAACCAUUGGUUUAAAUAAGUGUUUUGACCAUUUAAACUUUAUGGUGGGAUUUUUCAAAGACUAGUAUUUCUACAAUUUUAGAGAUUUCAAAGUACUGACAAGUAGUUUAUUAUAUCAGUGUGUGUACAUGUGUAGGGAUCGUAAUUCAGUUCCCUUAAUGUCAAUAUUUCUUAGUUUACUUUUUCUAAAAGGCCAUAGCAUAAUUUUCAAUUCCAGAUGGAAAUCUGUAUGGAAGUGAGUGUGCACACAAAGUUCAAUUGCUGUUUACAAUAGUGCCUUUAUUAGGUUUUGUUCUGUUUCCACUCAUUAGUAACUCAAGGGUAUAAGAAUUGGCCCAAAUCUUUUCUCAGUUUGAUUUGCCUCUGUUUUUCUCCUUCCGUAAAAAUCGGAAUUCUUUCUGUAAGUGAUAACUACUGAAGAAAUGAUGUUACUAGUAGCUGAAUUUUAGACUGACGGCUAGGCUGAUUAAUAUUGAAAUGGACACUGCAAUAUGCUAAACAAUAACUAUUCCCCUUUUCAAUUGCUUUCUGAAAUUUUAGGCUGUAAAAUGAUCCUAAAGACCUAAAUUGAUUGAUCUCUCUUCUCUGUCUAAAUUAUUUUGGUAGGUUUU